AUGUCUGGGCAUCAGAAAUCCACAGGCGGAGGCUCAUCUCCAGUUGAAGUAACGUCGGCGUCGGAUAGUAACCCCGUUCAGAUCAUCUUGACACCGCCUACACCAAUCGUCUCCACUGGAAAUUUUGACCGACGAGGGGAAGACACGCUCAAGGAGGUCCUCCCUGCGGUGUCUGAGGAGAAAGAAGUUGUUCAGAAGGCAGAUGGAUCCGAUGAGAAAGAAGUCUAUGUUGUGAACGAGGGGCAUGAUGAGAAGGAGGUCUGUGUACCCACCGCGGAGAAAGAGGUUUAUGACCAUGGGCUCGAGAAGGAGGUCCACGACUUGAGGAUUCAUGAUAGACAUGAUAAGAAGCAAAUCUACGAUCCAAACGAAAGUAUUGCUCGAGUGCAACGCAUCGGCUCAACAGAAAAAGAAGCUACCCCUCAAACAAACUACGAGGAUGAGACAUCUAUGGCGGCUCAUAAAUACAACAGCAACACGACUGAGCGAAGAGAAAGUAUCUUAACUGCAUCCACCGGAACAUCAGAGAAAAAGGACAGCGCUGCUCGGGGUUACUACCAACGCCAAGUCAACAAGUGGAACCAAGCAGUAGACAAGAAGAAGAAGGCCUGGACGACAUUCACCAACAAUUCCACUGCGGCUAUGACAGAGAAGGCCAAUCAAAUCGACAAGGGAUUCAAGGAUCGUUGCACGGCAUUCGAGAAUGGCACUACAACUAAACUGAGCCAGCUUGAUAGAAGCAUCAGCGAUAGUGUUGAUCGAGCCGGAAAGAAUGUCAACAGCAAGGUUGCGAAUUGGAAGACGGGUAUGGGAAACAUGAAGAGCCAGAGUAUGAGCAGUGUCAAGACCUUAGGAUCUCGAUGUCAGUCUGCUCAUACACGAUAG